CAUGUUGCAUUGUUAUUAUUGUAGACACAGGAACAGGGAUUUGUAAACCGCUAUGAUCUGGGGUUUAAACUACCCAACCAAGUGUCCACUUACAGGCCACAGUGUUUAAACAUAUUAAAAAUCAACAUCGUAAUUUUUCCCUUUAAAGAUUGCCAUUAUCAAUAUCUAGCUAGCUAGGCUAUUCUAGCUAGAAUGUCGGAGACCGUAAUGUUUCAGACGCAGUUGUCGUCCAUCAUGGAAGCUCUAUCCACCGCCGCCAUGGCGGAGAUAACCAAACUAGUGGACGAGUACUCCGCGUUUUUACGAGGGGAACUGUCACGGAAAAAACACGAUAACGAAAUCCUGAUGAAAAAGCUGAAAGUAGUUGAAAACCGGCACCGGAAAAGGACAUCUACGAUUGAACACGUCGGGGACGGAGUUGGCACUGUGCUGCGCGAGAGACUUUGGAACGGGGGUUCCCUACCGCACCACACGCCCCAAACCAACAGAGAACAAAAGCCCGACCGAGUCUUUACGCAGCAGGGAUGCAGCAGCGGGUGGAGUAAUGGACCCGCGGCGCGGGUAGGACUAAUGACGGACGAGACCACUGUAACAGACAGGACGGCUGAACCAGUUACCAUCAAACAAGAGAGACUGGAGGAGGACGGCCCAGGGGAAUGUGGUGCUCCAAAUGAACUGAGGAUGAACGCUCCUGAGCAUUCCACCACUUCACUGGUCGCCCGGCAACCGCAUCCCACUGAUCAGAGCCGUUUUGAGGAGGACUGGGGGUUCCAGAGUACCACACCAGGGGGUAGAGAUGAACUCACUGACUCUAUGGAACACAACUUAGAAGUGGAACAUAGAACUAUGGAACACCUAGAACUGGAAUAUAGAACUAUAGAACACUUAGAACUGGAACAUAGAACUCUGGAACAUGACCUCAGUAGCAGCUCUCACUGCCUGGACCAGGACCAGCCUGUAGUAGUGGAGGAAAUCCGCCUCAAGAGGGAGCCAGAGAGCCCAUGUCCAGACCUCAACCCACUACCGGGGAGGAGAACCAGGCCUGGAGAAAACCAACUACAAGAACACACUUCCUCCUCGACAACGACCACAGACGAUUACGCAUCGUUCCCGGGGAAACACUCCGUCACCGUCAUGCCUGGUCACCAUGGAGACCAAAGAGGAAAUGGUGGGACUGUCAGAACUCGAGCUCCCCUCAGCAAAGAGAAGGAGGGAGGUUCGUCUGCAAACAUUGUGGGAAGGGUUUCCCCUACAUCAGCUGCCUUAAGCGGCAUGCCCUCAACCACACGAGAGAGAGGACGCAUCACUGCUCCGUGUGUGGGCGGAGCUUCAUCAGACCCAGUCACCUGA